AUGGAUCAACUUCAUGAAAUAGUUGAUGAUGAUCCUCAAGUGAUAGAGGAAUUGUUGACUGAUUCUGAACUGCCCUUAUACAAAGAGAGUAAGUACACAAAACUAUCGGCUAUAGUUAAGCUUUAUAAUGUGAAGGUGGGUCAUAGUGUGACAGAUCAGUGUUUUACGGCGUUCCUUAAGGUGUUUAAAGACAUACUUCCACCCGAAAAUGUUUUGCCUAGCCGUACAUAUAAGGCAAAAAAGAUGUUGUGCACAACGGACUUGAAUUACGAAAAAAUUCAUGCUUGUCCUAACGAUUGCAUACUGUAUCGAGAUGAAUUUGAAGCUUUAAAGAAUUGCCCUGAGCGCAAUGUCUCGAGGUACAAGAAAAAGGAAGGAGUUCCGGCUAGGUUUUGUGAUGCAGGAGAUGCAGAGAAGUUGACAUGGCAUAAAUUUGGUCGGAAAAAAAAUGAUGGGUUACUAAGACAUCCAGCUGAUUCUCCGCAAUGGAAAUUUAUUGAUGGAAAGUUCGAUGAUUUUGGUAAAGAAGAAAGAAACCUACGCCUUGGAUUGUCUACUGAUGGUAUGAAUCCAUAUAGUUCCCUUAGUAGCACUUAUAGUACUUGGCCGGUCAUGUUGGUGACUUACAACUUACCUCCUUCCUUAUGUAUGAAAAGAAAGUAUAUUAUCCUGUCAAUGCUUAUAUCUGGGCCAAAACAGCCAGGAAAUGACAUUGAUGUGUACUUGGAACCUCUUAUUGACGAUUUAAAGUUAUUGUGGGAAAAAGGGGUUGAAGUAUUUGAUGGCAGUCGAAAUGAAAUGUUCAAUUUAAGAGCCAUGUUAUUUUGCACUAUGCAAGAUUAUCCAGCAUAUGGUAAUCUUUCUGGUUAUACCGUGAAAGGAGAAUGUGCGUGUCCUAUAUGUGAAGAUGGUUGGAAGGGAAGUCCUCCAAAAGUAUUUACUAGCGAAGAAGUGUUUGAAAAGGGAAAAGACAUUAAAAUUACAUUUGGCAAGUUGAAGAAAAAUAAGGCUGCCCUUUCUACACAGGGAUACAAGAAGUGUUCCGGUUUUUGGCAUCUCCCUUAUUGGAGAUUUCUAUUUGUUAGGCAUUCUUUAGAUGUGAUGCAUAUCGAGAAGAAUGUAUUUGAUAGUCUGAUUAGCACAUUAUUGAAUAUUCCUAAGAAGACAAAAGACGGUCCUAAGGCUCGGGCUGACUUAAAGGAAUUGAAUAUUAGAAAUGAGCUACAUGUUGUUGAGGAGACUGGAAAACGGAAGUAUUUACCCCCUGCUGCCUAUACAUUGUCCAAAAAGGAGAAAGUCGAGCUUUGUUCUUCCUUAGCUGGAGUUAAAGUGCCCGAGGGUUAUUCUUCAAACAUUUCUUCUCUUGUUUCAAUGGAGAAUUUGAAACUCCUGGGGCUGAAGUCUCAUGAUUGCCAUGUUCUGAUGGAAGAUUUCUUACCUGUUGCUAUUCGUUCAAUUUUGCCUAAAAAUGUACGAUAUGCCAUUAUUAGGUUAUGUUUUUUCUUUAAGGCAAUACACAGUAAAGUCAUAAAUCCUAAAGAUUUGGAUUCUUUGGAGAUUGAAAUUGCUGUUAUUUUGUGCCAAUUGGAGAUGUAA